UCUGCGGCCGCCGUUAAAGCGGAAGCAGCCGCCGCUCCGCGGAGUUCAGCUCCUUGUUGAUCGGUUCAGAGAAAUAAUCCGGUUUCUCUUCGGUCCCGCGGCCGUUUGAGGGUCCGUGAGGCUGAAGCUGCUGAAGCUGCGGAGAUAACCGAUGAUUCUCCGGCCGAAUCCGACUGUUUGCUUUGUUUACACAGUUAGCUCGGUGGCUAGCGUUAGCUUAGCUCGUGAGCUAGCGUUAGCUUAGCUCGUGUAGCUCUAAAUGGGACGAGGAGCGGGACGGAACCGGCCCCCCAUGGGGCCCCCGGGGGAAGACGGGCCUCCGUUCGACAUGGGUCCACCGGGCUGGGGUCCUCCUCCGCCGGGAGGCUGGGGCCCUCCGCCGCCUGGUGGAUGGGGGCCACCGCCGCCUGAAGAAUGGGGGCCUCCGCCGCCCGGAGGGUGGGGCCCUCCGCCGCCUGGUGGAUGGGGGCCCCCGCCGCCUGGUGGAUGGGGGCCCCCGCCGCCCGGUGGAUGGGGGCCGAGAGGGCCUCCUCCCCCAGACUGGGGUCCAAGAGGACCGCCGCCACCGGGCUGGGGGCCUCAUCCUGAAGACUGGAUGCCUCCUCCAGACUGGGGCCCUCACCCAGAAGACUGGAGACCCCCACACCCCAACGACUGGAGGGGCCCUCACCCUGAUGACUGGAGGGGUCCUCACCCGGACGACUGGAGGCCCCCUCACCCCGAUGACUGGAGACCUCCCCGCGAAGCCUGGGGACCACUUGGCUGGGGUCCGGAAGGUCUCCCUGAACCGUGGGGCCCCGAACACGGUCCACCUGGACCCAUACCUCCUGUUCCACCUCCUGGUCCGCCUCCUCCUGUUGGGAUUCCUCCUCCGGACCCCGCAGUCUACGGACCGGUCCCUGUACCUCCCAUCCCCCCUGCAGUCUGCGGGCCCCCCAUGGGGUACCCGCCGGCCUACCCGCCUCCCGGCUGGACCGCAGAGACUAUAGUUGAGGAGCCGAUGCCGAACCCUCCCCCAGACCAGCCUGAGUGGAUUAAAGCACUGAUUUCAGCUCCGGCCUCUGAGGCCCCUGGGGAGCCCAAGAAACCCACAGAGGAGCCCGCCGUCCCUCCUGCUCCUGCAGCGGACACCCCCGCGGCCCCGAAACCCAAACCUAAACCCAAACCCAAACCGGACCUCACCAAGACCGCCAAAGCCCUCGGCCUGCUGGGAAAACGCACCUUUGAUAAACCUCCUCCGGGCCGGUCCACGGGGAUCAUCUCGUUCAUCGGGCCGACCUUCGGCUACAUCGAGAGGGAGGACCUGGAGAAGUACACCUUCAGCUUCGACGCCUUCUUCGGAAACCCCAAAGCCAUGACGCCCGGGGUCAGAGUCCACUUCACCGCCUGCAAGGAGAAGAACAGUCUGAUAGCGACGGACGUGAAAGUGGCUCCAGGUGGAACGGAGAACGUGGACACGGAGAUCUACGAGGCCGUGGUCAGCCAGCCCCUCGUGGAGCCUCAGCCCGGCGAGCGCCACUACCUCGGGCAGGUCCACGUGGACAUCGGGCCCCUGAGGACCAACCUGCCGUUCGACAGGAAGGACAGCACGGUGACGCUGCUGAAGAACGACCAGGUGCUGAUCAACCUGCUGACCGACAUCGUCACGGAGAAGAGGAGGGCCACCAACAUCAAGCCCCAGAUCCCCGCCACCUUCAGCCUCACCAAGGAGACCAGGGAGACGGGCGUCAUCAUCAGCCUUAAGGACAGCGAGGGCGUCAUCAAGUCGGAAGAGCACGGCGAGCUUCCCUUCGACGUCAAGGAGAACUUCAGCGACAUUGAGUUCAACGCCGAGGACAUCAACGAGGAGGUCGAGUUCACCCUGCUCACGCGGAAAGCGGGUAAGCGAGCGAUCAGGAUCCGGCGGGUGAAGGAGCCCCUCCUCCUGACGUUCAGCGCCGCCACAGCCGCGGCUGCCGCCGCCGUCGCCGCCACCUCCGAAGAGGCCGAGGCCCAAAACACAGACGGCGACAGUGGAGACGACUCUUCCAAGUCGGUGAAAGUUAAGGCCGCACCCAGGCUGGAGCUGGGGCCCACCAGAGUCCUGGACCCGGAGCUGUACGAGGGCAUCGUCAGCCAGCCAAUCAUCGAGCCCACGCCCACCAUGCAGGGUUACCCGGGUCAGAUCCACGCCAACAUCGGCCCCGUCCGGACCAACGUGACCUUCGACCACCGGGACUGUGGCGUCACGCUCCUGAAGAAUGACCACGUGUUGAUCAACCUGCUGGUCGACAUGGUGACCAGAAAGAGGAGAGCUGCCAACAUCAAGCCCAAAAUCCCGUUCACCUUCAGCUACACCAAAGAGAAGAGAGAGCUGGGCAUCAUCACCUGUCUGGGAGCUGAAGAAGGCAUCGUGAACUCUGAGGAGCACGGAGAGCUUCCCUUCGACGUCUGUGAGAACUUCAGCGACACAGAGUUCAGCACCGCAGACAUCCACAAGGAGGUGGAGUUCACGGUGGCCGUGGUGAAAACUGGAAAGAGGGCGAUCAGGCUGAUGAGGACGAAGAGGAUUGAGGACCAAAUCCUGGAGGAGCAGAAAAGACGGGGGGAGGAGGAGAAGAAGAAGAAGCAGGAGGAAAAGGAGAAAAGGAAGCGAGAGGAGGAGGAGAGGAAGAGGAGGGAGGAGUUAGAGGAGGAACGAGAGAGAGAGGCGGAGAGGAAGAAGAAGGAGGAGGUGGCGGCGGCGCUGGCAGCGGCCAAAUGCAAAUGGACGCCGCUCGGCUUCACAAUGAGGGACCCCGACACGCUGGACGACAUCAGCAAGGAGCGAUUUGAAGGCACCGUCCUCAAAGCCAUUUCCAAAAAUGUAAGAAAGAUCAAGAAGGAGCCGGGGGAGGAACGAGGAGGAGGAGGAACUGAGGGCGGACAAACUCUCCUCGCACAGAUCAAAAAGGAGAAAACAGAUGAUGAAGGUGAGAAGGCAGAGGCGGAUGGGAAACCUGAAGGAGAGGAGGGAAAGCUGCAGAUUAAAAAGGAGCCGGAGGAGGAGGCGGAGAAGGAUCAGUCGUCUGAAGCUGGAGGUGGAGCUGCCGCAGGGGGCGACGGCGCUCCGGACCCGGAGAUGGGUCGACUGGUGAUGACCAUCGACGGCCAACAGAAACAGCUUCCCUUCGGUCCCACCGACCUGCUGACCACCGCCACCAUGCUGGACGGAGACAAGGUGCGUUUCAACAUCGCCACCCAUCGAGAGACCAAAGAGGAACGAGCGACCUACGUGGAAAUCCUCCCCGAAUCCUUCGAAGAGUCCAUCGAACAACGUCGACACGGCAUCGUGAUCGAGUUCUCAGACGACUCCGGGCUCAUCAAGUGUCCUCAGAACCCUCAACUCUACUUCCACAUGUCCGAGGUAAUAGAGAAGAAGAGUCUGAAGCUGAAUGAGAACGUCGAGUUCAGCGUCGUCCCGCAUGAAACGGCAGAGGGGGGUAACCAGGCCAUUAGGAUAAAGCGUUAUACCGAGAGCGUUUUCCUUCCCAUCCGUAAAUUGGGCCGUGUCGGGGCCAACAAAGCAAAGAUGACCAUCAAGCUACCAAAAGCUUUGGAAGACACGGAGAAAGAAAAACCAGAGACGGACAAGCUGAAGGCAGUGGUGAAAAAUCUUAGAACGCAGGACAACAAGACCAGUAUCAGCAGAAGGGAUUACAGUGCCACACGGCAUAAAUACGGGCGUAGCAGAAGUAGGAGCAGAAGCAGGAGUAGGAGUAGGGCCAGGAGUAAAAGUAGGAGCAAGAGUCCACCCAGAGACCAGUUUGGACGUAUCAUCAAAAGGAGAUCGAGCACCAGCGUUGACCGUGACCGCAAAGGCAGCAGGAGCAGGCGAAGCCGAGAGAGGUCAAAGAGGCGCACCAAGAGCCGCAGCAGGAGUCGCAGCCGAAGCAAGAGCUCCAGCAGGAGCCGCAGCAGGAGCAGGGAGAGAAGCAAGGACAGGGCUGCCAAGAAGAGGAGCAAAAUCAGCAAAGAGAGAGAAGAUAGUCACAAAAGGAGGAGGGAGUUGAGCCCUCCUCCCAGACGUGUUGGAGUCAUGGACGACGAGCUGGCGAGGAAGAAGCGGGAGCUGGAGGAGCUGAACGAGAUGAUUGCCUUCAAAAAGUCUCUGGUGGACCCCAGAGGACUUGACCCUGGACAGAGAACCUGCAUAGACUACGACCAUGGCAGGAUCGCCGUCCCACUCGCUGAGUACAAACCAGUCCGGUCCAUCCUGAAGAAACGACCAGAGGGACCGGAGUUCCACCAUCGUCCUCCUCAUCCCUAUGAUGAUCCUUAUUAUGACCGGUCAUACAGUCCUUACCAAGAUCGGCGGUGCGGUGACCCCUACGGUGAUCUGUACGUUAGCCGCCCCUACCCCGAUCGCCCCUAUGGUGACCGUCCCUAUGGUGACCGCCCUUAUGAAAAUCGACUAUAUAGUGAAGCUCCCUAUGUUGGCCCUUCGUCUGCUAGCCAGCGAUACACAGAUCGCUAUGAUGUUUAUGAUGAGCCCUAUGACGAUCGCUACAAUGACCCAGCAUGUGCCGACCAACCUUACGAUCCAUAUCGUCCUGUCAAACGUAGCCAGUCUCCAGAACCCCUUGGUCCCUCAUCAUCUCAGUCUGGCCGAGUUCCUGCUGCCUCCACCCAAUCUCCCUUGAUGCACAGUGUUGCCUCUUCAUCUUCCCAACCCCCUUUCAAACCUCCUUCUCCCACAGAACCGCCUCCAAGAAGCCCUUCUCCCAGACUGAAGAACACAACUCCACGCCAGUCACCUCCAGCUGAGAAACAGCCCCUUGAUCGCUUUCUUGAUAUGCUUAAUAAAAAGGUGGAUGCUGAAAAGAAAUCAGAACCGGUUUAUGUGAAUGAUGACCUUUUGCCUCAUGAGCGGGCACUUCAAGAUGGCAGGGGUUUCUCUCGGAUUGUGGGAUUGGCUCAGGAGCAACCCACCAGCAGUCUCGCUCGAGAAGGGGAAAAUAACCAAACUAACCCUAAACGGUCCUCAGUAGAGAGGAUAAGCGAGGAACCAAAGAGCAAGACGGAGCCCUAUGACAAGAUCCAGAGUCUGCUCCGUACUAUUGGCCUGAAGCUGAGUUCAGGAGAUGUGUCCAAACUGGCAAGUCGAGCCCAAGAGAAAAUCUAUAGCCCAAAGUCCUCAUCCACAGAGAGAGAGACAUUGUCAUCCCCAAGGGAAGAACUGCGAAUAAAUAGAACCGGUUCUGUCGAAUUGGAUCACAUCCAUUCCCCCUCUAACGCCAGGUCCUCCAGUUUGGAGCCACUCAGCAGCCAUAAAGCAGUCUCGGAGUAUGAAGGAUUCCUGGACCAGCAGGAGAUGGAGGCACUAAAGAAGGCACAACAGUUGCAGAGUCUUACCAAGACAAUGGGGAGCGCACCCUCAACCACUCCUCCUCUGAAACCACCUUCUGGGCCUCCUCCUGCUCACUACCAACAUCCACCCCCACCACUCAACUGGACCCUUGGUGUCUCUACCCAGAUUCUCCCAGCACAGAGCUCCACAACCCCCAGCACGGGCACUCCAGCCCCUCCUGCAGCUGGUCAACCACCCCAAAGAUUUGGACUUCCUGUGGGACUUCCCCCUGGACCCCCUCCUGGACCUCCUCCACGGCGUCCUGCACAGUCUCCUCCAGGACCCCCUCCUGGACCUCCUCCACGGCGUCCUGCACAGUCUCCUCCAGGACCCCCUCCUGGAACUCCUUCCCGGUACUCUCCUGUACAACCUCCUUUCACUCCACCCCCCAGUAAUGCAGUCUUUCCUUUUAUUGGCCAGCCUCCUACAGCUUCAUCCAUCAACUCCUCCAGUCCUUUGCAGCCUUUAACCACUGCCGCGUCAACACCAACAACACCGGCAACAUCAAGUCCUACUUGUGGUGACCAGUCAACCAUCUCUACAACAGUUGCCAGAUGCCUGAAGGUCAUUGAGACGGUGAAAUCUCUGGCUGUGCAGCCACCAGCCAAACCUGUCAAAACAGUCCAGUUCAGUUUACCUACAGAGUCUCCAUCAUCCUCCAGUUCUCCGACCUCUGCUGAGACAGAUGAUGAGAUAAAGACUAAGCAGAAGGAGAAGCUGGACAUGUAUAACCAGCGGGUUUUGGAAAAGAGGGAGCAGCAGUACAAGGAGAUGCUAGCCCGUAGGAAAGGAGAGAAGAACAAGGAUGGCACAUUGAUCCUUCCAGGUUCCAGCCUAGAGGGAUCUCAGGAGGACUCCAGGACUCAGCAGGUGAACUGAACGGGAACCUCUGACUCGUCUGCUCGUUCGGCGCUGCAGCAGAAUCUUGUACUCUUCUACGAAUAUGUAGAGAAAUUAAAAAAUCUUAGUCCUUCUGUUUUGUCUUCCCAUCCACACCACCACCACCACAGAAAACGGCAUUUAAUCAAAAGAGCCUCAGACUCUUCAGGGCACCAACGUCUCAUAAAACAAUUGUAAUAUAUCUUCUUUUCGGACUGUAUGCAUAAUUUAGCUUCAGAAGGUUGUUAAAUGUGGGGUGGUAAUGGCGCAAUGGACAAGACUGUCUUUGGUGUGAGAGACCCAGGUUAACAAUUACCCAUUCUGCAUAAAUUGGUAGUCCAGCUGUGGGCACAGUGAAUGUGAAGUUGAUGUUAUCGGAGUUGACUUACAGCUAACGUUUUAUUUACUCCACCAUAGUUGGAAGAUCCUGCUCGAUCCCGCUGCCUUUCUGUUGUUCUGUGAGUUACACAGGGAUUUUGUGUUAAAAAUGUUGCCAAGGAAAGUCGAUGCUGUUGCAGCAAGAACUGCCACAGCAGGUCAGUCAAUCGUUCAGGGAGAAAACCAGGCCGUAAUUUAUUUUUCUCACCUUGGAAAACACAAAGGUCACGUAUACAUAAAUAACUUUAAAAUCACACCUCAGCUCAUAACGUAAAAAAGUAACAGCCCUUGUAAAGUCAGUUUUAAUUGCACAUUUACUUUAAACAAGAGAGACGUCCACCCAGCCGCUGCAAUACUGUUCAUGAGUGUCUAGUGAUUUAUAAUGUUAAAACUCAUGCAAAGUGAACGCACUAAGUCCCAACAAGGUCUUUUACAAUGUCCGGUUCUGUAAUCCAGUCUUGGGCUGCUGAGUCAUAUAGCUCUAUGUUGAUUAUUGUUAUUAGUUUGACUAAGUACCAGUUUUGUUUCUCUUGGUAGGGUCCCUUCUCGUUUCCUUUUCCCAUCUUCAGAUUUUACUAAGUAAAAACCAUUUUAGCCUAAAAACAGCCAAAAGUAAACCACCAUCUCAACCGGCAAGCUCACAGGUAAACAGAGCGUGUACCUUCAAACAUGGCAUCCCGUCCCAACAUACACCACGGCGUGAUGAACCUUCACAUUCCCAUUCCAUUUAUAAUAAUAUAAUGAUAAUCUUUAUUUAUAGAGCAAUUGUGCAAAUACACCAUAAAUGCAAGAGAAAACGUAAGAAACUAAAAUAGAAGUUAAAAGUAAAGAGUUUAGUUUUCAGUCGAAACUCUGGAACAGACCUCUGCCCGAGAAUCUCAACGUAUGUGCUGCUGCGUAUGAGACUAAAAGGUCAGCGAUAUAACAGGGAGGAGAGGCCAUGAAGAGAUUUAAAAGUAAUCAAUACAAUUUUAAUUUUUAUUGUCCUCCAAGAGGAUUUUAUUUUUGUACAUAAAAUGUACAAAUCACAAUAGUUUCACUGUGACACAGUGGAUGAAGCAGCGCUGCGUUUUGUGUUGCAUUGCAGAUUCAUUUAAAUCUGUGGAUGUUUGGAUAUUUUUUUAUAGAUGGGAACUUGUAGCCCUUGCAUGUAUGUACAUUUUGCUUUGUAGUUUUAUAUGGAUGAAUGCUUUGUUUUUAAUGUACCUUCUGUGACUUGUGUUAUUCUUUGCCUGUCUAUAAAGAGAAAUAUGUUCUGACGCCUUUCUAUCAGAACCAGCAUCAACUGUUUCAGCAAGGCAGGUUUAUUUGUAGAGCACAUUUCAACAUCCUCAUGCUGCUAAUUUUUUCUGCUUCUAACAUGAACUCUGAGAAAACGAGGUUCACCUGCUGCCUGAUAGAUCCCACCCACUGACCGGUGCCAUGUCUGUAUACUUCUACUGUACUACAUUGGAGGGUAAUGUUCUUUUUACUUUACUACAUUUGACCGCUUUAGUUAAAUUGCCCAACAGUUUAUAAACUAAUAUAACUAAAGUAUCUGUACUAAAUUAGCUCCACCUCGACCAGCAACAAUUUCAACAUGCUCUGACAUUUAUUAUUAAGUGGCCAUUCUGCAUAACAAGUACUUUUACUAACUUUGUUAUAUAAUAAUACUUCAGUACUUUUACUUCAGUGAAUAUUCAAGAUGCUGCUACUUUUGUUUAUGUAGAAGAUCUGAAAACUUCUUCCACUUCUGAAAAAUAAAAUUGAGUUGCUUGUUUCAGAAUUAUUCAAGUUUGUUUUUGUAUAUGAAUAUAAUAUAAUAUUGGCAUUAAAUAAUUUCAGACAAUUUCACAAAG